GGGGGUAAGGACACCUGUACUACUCACAAUCGUGUCCGAACACCUUCGCUCGCGCUCGUAAUCGUCCUGAGAACCCCACGCUGCCAUGCGCUGCCGCGCGCUCGAGCGAGAACGCGCUCCCUCCCUCCCUCCCUCCUCCAUCCCUCCCUCUUCCCACCCUCCUUCGUUCCCUCCUCCCUCCCUCGUUGAUGGCGCCCGCGACUCUCUAUCCCUUCUCCGAAUCGUCAACUCACUCCUCCGCGUCGUCUCCCUGCGUCUCAAGCCCCGUCCUCGCGCUUAGCCCCACUCCCUACCCCCUCCUCCUCUCACCACGCAAGCGCACCACCCGCGGUGACGACGGCGGCAAUCGAACGGGCGCGUCUCGACGUCCCACAAAAUAUCAAGCGCGAAGGAAGGGGGGAAGUGCCCUUCCCCCCGCACCCCUACCCCGCACCCCUACCCCGCUGCCGUCGCGCACCUCUCCCCGGUUUCCCAGGCUUGAGAAUCGCGUGCAGAGGGUGCGCGUCGUCGUCUUUAGGUGGGGGGUGAAGGCGAGGUGGGAGAGUCGAGGGGGAUGGGGGUGGUUAUAUGAGCGAGGAGGGGGAGGAAGCGAUGGGGGAGGAGGGAGGAAGGGAGGGUUACUCACCCGCUUCGCGCUCGUCGUUGACAGGGCUCGCCCGUGCCUCCGGAGGCUUGAGGUCGACAUACAUGUAGCCUUUGAAUUUGAAGGAAAAGGGUGGAGGGUGGGGUCCCCCACCCCCGUCGCAUAGUUCGCCGAGGGAACCCCUCGCGCGUCUCCGACGGUUCGCACCCGCGAAAAGAACCAGCUAUUGAGAGGUCAGCAUGCGUCUCCU